AGUCACGAUCGCGACCAGCAAGUUCAACAGAGAGAACCCGCCUCGUAGAAAGUUGGGGUCUUUGAAGAAAAGAAUCAAUCACCAAUAAACGCUCACGAAGACACUUCUUUUUUUUCAAAAAAAAAAAUUGUUUUUUAGUCUAAUUUUCCUUGUGUAUUAUUAUUUUAUUGUUAAUUGCGCAUUUCUAAAAUUCCUUCUCUGUUUAUGUAUAUCUCUCUCUCUCUAUAUGUUGCUGUCAAGUCAUCAACACUAUAAUGUGAUGUGAGGUUGGCAGGUGUUUCUUGAACAAGAGCCUGCGUGAGUGGGCUUUUAGCACUCUGAGACUAAGAGAGAAGCUGCGGGCUUGGUGGGUUUGGAGUGAUGAGCGAAGAAAGAUAGGUUGAUAGUGUGAGUGAGUUUCAAGGCUUCUGGUGUAGCUUUCAUGGAAACGAAAGGAAGACUCAUUGCGGGUUCUCGCAACAGAAAUGAGUUUGUACUCAUCAAUGCUGAUGAGAUUGCAAGAGUGACUUCUGUUAAAGAACUGAGCGGGCAAAUUUGCCAGAUCUGUGAGGAUGAGAUAGAAGUUACAGUCGAUAGGGAGCCAUUUGUUGCUUGCAAUGAAUGUGCAUUCCCUGUUUGUAGACCCUGCUAUGAGUAUGAAAGAAGAGAGGGGAACCAAGCCUGCCCUCAAUGCAAAACCAGAUACAAGCGCAUCAAAGGGAGCCCUAGAGUUGAAGGAGAUGAGGAAGAGGAGGAUACAGAUGAUUUAGAGAAUGAGUUUGAUAUUUCUGCCACUGCCAGAAGUGAACCUCACCACAUUGCAGACGCUAUGCUCACUGCUCGCCUUAACAUUUGCCUGGGUUCACAAGCCAUUGUUUCAGGGUUUGUUACAACAUCUGAGCUGGAUCCUAUUUCUGCAGCUCAUAAGAUUCCUCUCUUGACUUAUCAUGAAGAGGAUGUUGGGCUUUCCUCUGAUAAGCAUGCUCUUAUUAUCCCCCCAUUUCAUGGAAAACGGAUUCACCCAAUGCCAUUUUUUGACUCUCCAAUGACUUUACAACCAAGAGCACUGGAUCCUAAGAAAGACUUGGCAGUGUAUGGGUAUGGAACAAUUGCGUGGAAGGAGAGAAUGGAGGAGAGGAAGAAAAAGCAGAGUGAAAAACUUCAAGUGUUUAAGCAUCAAGGGGAAAAGGAUGGUGGAAACAAUGAUGGAGAUGAGUUCGAUGAUCCUGAUUUACCCAUGAUGGAUGAAGGGAGACAGCCUCUUUCAAGGAAGUUACCAAUUCCUUCAAGCAAGAUAAAUCCAUACAGAUUGAUAAUUUUACUCCGGCUUGUGAUUCUUGGCCUCUUUUUUCACUAUAGAAUUCUCCAUCCUGUCAGCGAUGCGUAUGGAUUGUGGCUAACAUCAAUAAUUUGUGAAAUUUGGUUUGCUGUGUCGUGGAUAUUUGAUCAGUUUCCAAAAUGGUACCCAAUUGAGCGUGAAACAUAUCUUGAUCGGUUAUCAUUGAGGUAUGAGAAAGAGGGGAAGGCAUCUGAGUUAGCUGCUGUAGACAUAUUUGUUAGUACAGUUGAUCCAUUGAAAGAACCUCCUCUUAUCACAGCAAACACAGUUCUGUCUAUCCUUGCUGUAGAUUAUCCAGUUGACAAAGUUGCAUGCUAUGUCUCAGAUGAUGGUGCUGCCAUGCUCACUUUUGAAGCACUGUCUGAGACAUCUGAAUUUGCAAGAAAGUGGGUCCCUUUCUGCAAAAAGUUCAAAAUUGAGCCCCGGGCUCCAGAAUGGUACUUUGCCCAGAAGGUUGACUAUUUGAAAGAUAAAGUAGAUCCUGCAUUUGUUAGGGAACGCCGUGCAAUGAAGAGAGAAUAUGAAGAAUACAAAGUUAGAGUAAAUGGAUUGGUUGCCAUGGCACAGAAGGUUCCUGAGGAUGGUUGGACAAUGCAGGAUGGGACCCCAUGGCCAGGGAAUAAUGUCAAGGAUCAUCCUGGAAUGAUACAGGUUUUCUCGGGUCAUAAUGUUGUUCAUGAUAUUGAAGGAAAUGAAUUGCCUCGUCUAGUUUAUGUGUCUCGUGAGAAGAGAGCAGGAUUUGAGCACCACAAAAAAGCUGGGGCAAUGAAUGCUUUGGUGAGGGUAUCUGCAAUCAUAACAAAUGCUCCAUAUCUAUUGAAUGUUGAUUGUGAUCACUAUAUAAACAACAGCAAGGCACUUCGUGAAGCCAUGUGCUUCAUGAUGGAUCCAAUAUCAGGAAAGAAAGUCUGUUAUGUACAAUUUCCUCAAAGGUUUGAUGGGAUUGAUCGUCAUGAUAGAUACUCCAAUCGCAAUGUUGUGUUCUUUGAUAUCAACAUGAAAGGAUUGGAUGGAAUCCAAGGACCUAUAUAUGUUGGUACUGGAUGUGUCUUCAGGAGACAAGCACUUUAUGGAUAUGAUGCUCCCAUCAAGAAGAAGCCACCAGGGAAGACAUGUAAUUGCUUGCCAAAAUGGUUGUGCUGCUGCUGCACAUCUAGAAAGAAGAAUAAGAAAGUAAAAUCAAAUGGGAAAAAGAAGAAGAAGAACAAGGAGGCUUCCAAGCAGAUACAUGCAUUGGAAAAUAUUGAGGAGAGUAUUGAAGGAAUAGAUAAUGACAAAUCAGAGUCAAUGUCCCAAAAAAAAUUUGAGAAAAAAUUUGGUCAGUCACCAGUUUUUAUAGCUUCAACACUCAUGGAAGAUGGUGGACUUCCAAAAGAAGCAACUUCUGCAUCACUUUUGAAAGAAGCCAUUCAUGUCAUCAGCUGUGGUUAUGAAGACAAAACUGAAUGGGGGAAAGAGGUUGGGUGGAUAUAUGGCUCUGUCACUGAGGAUAUAUUGACUGGCUUCAAGAUGCAUUGCCAUGGUUGGCGUUCAGUUUAUUGCAUACCUAGUAGACCUGCAUUUAAGGGUUCAGCUCCAAUAAACCUUUCAGAUCGUCUACACCAGGUUCUCCGGUGGGCACUGGGAUCUGUUGAGAUUUUGUUGAGUAGGCACUGUCCAAUAUGGUACGGGUAUGGGUGUGGCUUGAAACCAUUGGAGCGGUUUUCGUAUAUAAACUCAGUUGUUUAUCCAUUGACAUCAAUUCCCUUGGUUGCCUACUGUACCUUGCCAGCUAUUUGUCUCCUUACGGGGAAAUUCAUUGUCCCUGAGAUCAGUAAUUAUGCAAGUCUCAUUUUCAUGGCCCUCUUCAUAUCUAUAGCUGCAACUAGCGUCCUUGAAAUGCAAUGGGGAGGAGUUGGCAUACACGAUUGGUGGAGAAAUGAGCAGUUUUGGGUGAUUGGUGGCACCUCAUCCCACCUAUUUGCUCUUUUCCAGGGUCUGCUCAAGGUAUUGGCAGGUGUUAACACUAAUUUCACAGUUACUUCCAAAGCCGGAGAUGAUGGAGAAUUUUCAGACCUCUUCCUCUUUAAAUGGACAUCUUUGUUGAUCCCUCCCCUGACCUUGCUCAUCAUAAACAUAAUAGGAAUCAUAGUUGGAGUUGCAGAUGCCAUCAAUAACGGUUAUGAUUCAUGGGGUCCACUCUUUGGUAAGCUAUUCUUUGCAGUCUGGGUCAUUGUCCAUCUUUACCCAUUCCUCAAGGGUUUGAUGGCCAAACAAGACAGGCUUCCUACCAUAAUUGUUGUCUGGUCAAUACUUAUAGCUUCAGUUUUGUCAUUGGUUUGGGUACGAAUCAACCCAUUUGUGUCGAGAGGUAUUGUGUUAGAAGUUUGUGGGUUGAAUUGUGAUUGAAGGCACAUGACACAUAAUGUUAGAUUUUGGUUAAAUGUAGAAAUGAUCAUUUUAGGACAUGUAUAAGCAAGCUACAUUUUUCAUCGAAGAUGACGACAUCUCAUGAGAUGGCGCAAUUCUUCUCAAUAAAUUCUGGAGGAAUACCAUUAUGGGGGUGUGUGUGUAGAAAGUAAAUAUAAGGGGUUUAGACAUA